CGGUUCAGUCAAUAGUGUCGCUAGAGGGCGCUAUUUUUUUCCGCUCUUUCUAUAUGGCUUGCAGGAGAUUUGAUCGCAUUCCGGAAGUGACGUCAAAUUCCGAAGCAGGCAGCCGAAAUGGCGUUGGAUGGGUUGGAUCAUAUGGAGACCGAAGAUAUCAAAGGGGGCUCUGGUCUUAGGCAGUAUUAUCUGUCCAAAAUAGAGGAGCUUCAGUUGACGGUGAAUGAUAAGAGCCAGAACCUUCGGCGUCUGCAGGCACAGAGGAAUGAGCUCAAUGCCAAAGUGCGUCUCUUGCGUGAGGAGCUGCAGCUGCUGCAGGAGCAGGGUUCCUAUGUAGGGGAGGUGGUGAGGGCCAUGGACAAGAAGAAGGUGCUAGUUAAGGUACAUCCGGAGGGGAAGUUUGUCGUGGAUGUAGAUAAGAACAUUGAUAUCAAUGAUGUCACUCCGAACUGCCGUGUGGCCCUCCGCAAUGACAGUUACACCCUACACAAGAUCCUUCCUAACAAAGUGGACCCCCUGGUAUCUCUGAUGAUGGUGGAGAAAGUGCCAGACUCCACAUAUGAGAUGAUCGGAGGCCUGGACAAGCAGAUCAAGGAGAUCAAGGAGGUGAUCGAGCUGCCAGUCAAGCAUCCAGAGCUCUUUGAGGCCCUUGGAAUUGCACAGCCCAAGGGAGUGCUUCUCUAUGGUCCUCCAGGGACUGGGAAGACCCUGCUGGCUCGAGCAGUAGCCCAUCACACUGAUUGCACCUUCAUCAGGGUAUCUGGCUCAGAGCUGGUGCAGAAGUUCAUUGGAGAGGGGGCCCGGAUGGUGCGGGAGCUCUUUGUCAUGGCCCGGGAGCACGCACCCUCCAUAAUCUUCAUGGACGAGAUCGAUUCCAUCGGCUCCUCACGCCUUGAGGGAGGCUCUGGUGGAGACAGCGAGGUGCAGAGGACUAUGCUGGAGCUGCUCAACCAGCUGGACGGCUUUGAGGCCACCAAGAACAUCAAGGUCAUCAUGGCCACGAACCGUAUCGACAUCCUGGACUCUGCCCUUCUCAGACCUGGUCGCAUCGACAGGAAGAUAGAAUUCCCUCCCCCCAAUGAAGAGGCCCGUUUGGACAUCCUGAAGAUCCAUUCCCGCAAGAUGAAUCUGACCCGUGGAAUCAAUCUGCGUAAGAUCGCCGAGCUGAUGCCUGGAGCCUCUGGAGCAGAGGUCAAGGGUGUCUGUACGGAGGCCGGCAUGUACGCUCUGAGAGAAAGAAGAGUGCAUGUCACCCAGGAGGAUUUUGAGAUGGCCGUCGCAAAGGUGAUGCAGAAGGACAGUGAGAAGAACAUGUCUAUUAAGAAGCUCUGGAAGUAAACUCUGAGAAACCAACAACUGUAUAUUAUUUUUUAGUAUUCUUUAGGAUUUGACUGUAAUUGUUCUGCUCUAUAAAUAAAUGGUGUAAAUCCCUAA